AUGUCCCUCCAACGAGCGCUGCAGUAUCUGUGGGACGCAGAACCUCACAACACGGACCACGUCACGCCUCUAUUCUGUCUGGGCCAGGUUUACGACGCAGACACCAGCCUGAAGGAGGUGAAUGACGACACAGAAGAAGACGGCAUAGUAGUGCCGCUGGACACGUCAAAUGAUACGUCGUGGCCUCCGGACUUUCUGGCGGACGUGCAGUCGCGAAUAUGGCUGUCGUACCGAACCGGUUUCCCACUGAUUCCGAAAUCCGACGGCUCCGGAACCAUCCACUUGGGCAAACUCAAGAACAUGAUACGUGGAGGAGGAUUCGAUCCGCGAGGCUACACAUCGGACGUCGGAUGGGGCUGCAUGAUCCGCACGUCACAGAGCCUCCUCGCAAACGCACUGCUAUUCAGACACCUGGGCCGAGGCUGGAGGUGGAACAAGGGCGACGACUUUGUGUAUCUCAGUGAGGGGAAUACAGAAUCGAGGGGUGGCGAAAGUAGGAAUGGCGGUGCUAACAAAGAGCAAGAAACUGCUGUAUCAGAGGAAACCGCUGUCUCAGAGGAAACAAUAAUAUCCUGGUUUCUGGACUCCCCAGACUCUCCGUUCUCAAUCCACAAGUUUGUACGUCACGGCGAAAAAGCAUGCUCCACGCCAGCUGGCGACUGGUUCGGACCCUCGGCCGCGGGAAGCAGCAUUUAUGCCCUAUGCAACGAGUUUCCGGACUCGGGACUCAAGGUAUACUACAAUGGCAACGGAGGAGGAGACGUUUACGAGGAUGAGCUGUUGGAGACGGGGUUCCCUCUUCUCGUGCUCUGUGGACUACGACUGGGUAUAGAUAACGUCAACCCCAUCUACUGGGACUCUCUUCGUCAGAUGCUGUCACUUCCUCAGUCUGUUGGCAUUGCAGGCGGCCGCCCCUUCACUUCGCAUUACUUCUUCGGCUUCCAGGGCGAACAAUUGUUUUACCUCGACCCGCAUCAGCCUAAGCCGGCCGUCAAAACUACGGACAAAGAUACCACCUCUUUUCAUUCCAGCAGAAUCUGGAAACUGCAUCUGAAAGAGAUGGAUCCCAGCAUGUUGGUGGGUUUUUACAUUACGAGUGAGGCCGACUGGGAGACGUUCAAGGGGUCUCUGACGGCUUCAAAGGAGAAAACCAGCUCCCAGAUUGUCCACAUUCAUCCCUCUCGGCAUAACAUUCCGUCCUUUGAUGAAGAGGACGAGUAUGUGUCGAUUGGAGGGGCUUCUGAUGACGACUUUGUGGACGUGACCAAACGGGCACGCAAGGUGGCAGCCAUGACAGGAAACACAGGCAGCGGGCGGUCUUCUCCAUCGAUUCUCGACAGCCACCUCGUCACUGAGACAAGGGAUAUUAUCGAGUCCGUUCCUCCCCGAAAACGGGUGGACAACGACCUCACUUCUGCCCCAGUGGACGUUCCCAAACCUGUUCAGAAGAGAUCGCAAUCUCAUGGAGACUGGGAGAAGGUAGAAGAGCCUGAGGAGGAGAUGGUGGAAGUUGAGAGCAUGAAGGGUAUGCAGGACAACGGCUGCUCGGCCGAGUACGGUUCGCUGGUAGAUAGAGAUGCGGAAGCUGAUGACAGCACUCUUAGUACAGAAACCACGGAUCGGGAUUGGGUAGUGUAG